AUGCUCUCCAGUUUACAUCUAGCUCAGGAGGCUAAGGAUUAUAAAUUUAACACUGCUAUCCCCCUAAGAAUAUACCUUAAGACAUGUAUCGGAAUCCUUGAUAAAGCUCAAUUGAGCUUUCAAACAGGGGAUAAUGCAAAAGCAUUCAUGUACUAUUAUCGUUACGUGGAUCUAUGUACAAACAAAUUAUCUAAACAUCCAGAAUUUUUGAUCAGUGGGAAACCUCAAAGUGAUCCUGAAUUAAAACUUUACAGACAGGAAUAUUUACAACUGAUAAAAUUAGAAGUUCCUGCUGUGCUUCGAAUAAUCGAGGAUCUAAAGAAGAAGAUUGAUGCUGAAUGGGAAAGACAUCAAGUGUCGUUGGCCAAGAAUAUAGCAAGAAACCAUGCUCCUCAAGUACAUAAUUCUGAAAAUAAGAGGGAGAUGGUAACGUUGCCGCCAGCUUUCAAUGAACAUCAUUUCCAGCAGUCCUUAACGUUUUUGCAAAAUUCAUCAAUAAAUUCAAAUAAUCAUGUUAGAUUGACACAUACAACCAAUGUCACUACUAUAAGUUCUGCUACAGAUAACACACAAAGUACUAAUGUUAACGAAGCAACAACGGAUGAAAGCAUAACAACGUCUAAUACUUUACUGCAUUAUCCUGAAUUGCCACAAUUAAGUUUCCCAACAUUUUAA